AUGUCGAAUGAAAGCAGAGAUGUGCAGUUGUCAGACGAAUCGCGUCGUCUAGCUGAUCUGCUGCGCAAGCAUUAUGGACGGACAGUGAUAUACACAGGUGCUGGCAUCAGCACAUCUGCUGCCAUUCCCGACUAUCGCGGCACCAACGGCCUCUGGCGCACACACAAUGAAACCAAUGGAAAGAAGAAACCUCUGCGGUUGCGACUACCUGAAGCCAGCUUUGCCAAGCCUACGUACACACACAUGGCGAUUGCUGAACUGGUUUCCAAGGGCUACGUGCGGUACGUGGUUUCGCAGAACGUAGAUGGUCUGCACUUGCGUAGCGGACUGCCACGUGACAAACUCUCCGAACUACAUGGCAAUCUCUUCAUCGAACAAUGCAUGGCGUGCGAUCGGGUGGUUUACCGAUCCUUCGAUGUUGGCGAGACGACAGGAAAGAGCCGACACCUAACUGGUCGCGUUUGCCCUUUCUGUGUUCCCGCGUCGUCUGUCGACUCACCAUCGAAUUCCUUAGUGCAGAAACUCGCCACCGGCGCGAAUUCGCUCGCAACGAGGAGAUCCAAAUCGUCCAGAGCGAGUUUAGACCGCGUGCUCGCCUUCAAACGCGCUGCCACCAGCCUCAGGCGAAUUCAUGCCAAACGCAAUCGGCACAACUGCAGUCUUCCGCUUAUGCGAGACGUGAUUGUGCACUACUUUGAGCGUCAACCGGUGGCGGGUCAGGCCGAAAUUUACCGCGUGGACAGGGCUGUCGCAGCACUCUACGGU